AUGGUAUUCUGUUUGUUGCAGCACGGUUUAUUGAUAAACUAUCACCACCAUGAAGUUCGUUAUCGCUACCAUUCUGUUGGCAGCAACUGUAGCUGCAAUACCAACCCUGAAAGAGCGACUUGCAACCAUCGAGGAUCGGUAUAUCGUAGUCUUUGAGGACACUGUCGAUGUCGACGCGCUCGUCUCCAACCUCGAAGUCGACGUCGCUUCGGUGGCCGGCGAGUUCGAAAUCACUCGUACAUUCUACACGGCGCUAAAAGGCAUUGCUGUCAAACUUGAUGAAAGAGCUCUGAAACUGCUGAGAGUAGCACGAGGUGUUAAAUACAUCGAGAGCGAUGCUAUCGCCCGGGUCGAUGCCGCCACCGAGUCAUGGGGUCUGGACAGGGUCGAUCAGAGAGACCUGCCUCUAGAUCAAUCGUUCGAAAUGCAAGGGGACGGUGCUGGCGUGACUGUCUAUGUCUUGGAUACCGGCAUCAGGGAGACGCAUGAAGACUUCGACGGAGGGAGGGCCAGGAGAGACCCAAUGGACUUUGUAGACGACGGUUGGAAUGGAGCAGACUGCCAUGGUCACGGCACUCACUGUGCAGGAACGGCAGCGGGCGGUAUUCACGGUAUUGCUCGUGGAGCCAACAUUGUUUCUAUUCGGCUUUUCGACUGUGGUGGUUUUGGAUCGGCGUCGGAUAUUGUCUCAGCCAUCGAUUAUACAACUGCUACUGCUCAGCGUCCCGCUGUGAUGUCCAUGUCGUUCGGUGUAGUAAGACGAAACGCGAUCGACGAUGCGAUUGAAGCGGCCAGUAACAGCCAGAUCAUUCCCGUAGCCGCGGCGGGUAACAGCGACAAUGAUGCCUGCACCUUUUCGCCAGCGGGGUCUCCAAAAUCCUUCACCGUUGCAGCAUCGGACAUCAACGACAACCGGGCCUAUUUCUCCAGCUUCGGAAGCUGCGUCCAACUCUUUGCUCCCGGUGUCGACAUCACCAGCGCUUCUCCUGCUAGCGAUGUAGCCACGGCUACCUGGAGCGGAACCAGCAUGGCCUGUCCUCACGUCGCUGGUGUAGCGGCCGUCCAUCUUGGUAACGGGGUCGCGCCUGAAGACAUCCGAGACCGUCUUGUGAACGACGCAUCCGUCAACAAGAUCUACGAUUCCGAAGACGGAACCCCAAACAAACUCCUUUACCUCGGUCCCACAAACUGAUACUAGAAUGAUUGUUGAGCCCAGGAUAACAUAUUGAAUUCAUAACAUUGUUAUGAU